CGAGUUUUCUUCCAUUUCCUCCUUCCUUAGUCCUUCCCCAACUCCUCUCCUUCGCACGCAUUUUUCUUCCUUACCAAGGAAACUCAAUUUCGGUCAAAACACAAAUCACUAUAAUAAAACUGUCAGCACCCAUUCUUUCUCUUCCGAUUCCUACCAAAAACCCAAGAUUGAAACCUAAUUUACUUUGCAUUUCAAGCUCAAUAGCAUACCCAGAUCGGAAACAAUCGUCAUACGAAUGGUCCUUCCUUUCUUGAAGCUCGGUACCCUUGUAUUGAAGACUCUUAGCAAACCCAUUGCAGCUCGUCUAAAAAAAGAGGCUGGCUUGCAUCCGAGGUUCCGUUCAUUCAUCAUCAACAUUGCUCAGGCAAACCAUCGAAUGACAACAACAAUUCAGAGAUAUACUUAUGCACAUGCAACCAAUGUUGAAAUUCGUCCCUUAAAUGAAGAGAAGGCUGUUUCAGAUGCAGUGGACCUUAUUGGUGAACUCUUUCUCUUUACGGUUGCUGGAGCUGUUGUUGUAUUUGAAGUGCAGAGAAGUUCUAGAUCAGAAGCAAGAAAAGAGGAACUACGCAGGAGUGAAAUGGAGGGGAUGAGACAAAGAGAUGAAGAAUUAGGGAGAGAAGUAGAGCUGAUGAAAAGCAAAAUAGGAGAGCUUGAACAGCUAGCCAAGUCAAAAGGGCUAUUGGGAGUUCUCAAUUUUAGACAGCAUCCUCUUGAAGAUAGCAGCAAAUUGGAGAAAGCAUGAUGAAUAUUGUCAAGAAAUUCUUUGACUUUGCAAAUAAUGAACUCAAAUAAUGUCGAAUUUGACGAAAAUGUGUCUUUCUUUUACAUGGGUUUGCUUCUUAUUCCGUGUGCUGAAAAUUUCACCAAG